AUGGCGACGGCUUAUCAGUUAGCCUUGGACAAGAAGUGGGAUGAACUGGAGAAUAUCUGCAAGCGACAAUCGGGUUUUGAUUUGAUAUUUCCUCAAACACCCGACGGGGACACUUUAUUUCGCUUGGCAGCGUUCAGCAAAAGUAAAAAACCGCUUGAAAGUCUCCUUAAAAUUGCUGAAGUGGAUUCUAUCACAAAGUCUGCAUAUUCGGCAACGAAUAUCCACGGAAACACAGCUCUUCAUGAGGCUGCCGCCGAUGGUAACAUUGAGGCGAUAAAUCUCUUGGUGGCACACGAUAAGAAGAUUCUUCAGGUUACAAAUAGCGAAGGCGAAACCCCGCCGCUCCUUGAGGUUACAAAUGUCGAAGGCGAAACCCCACUGUUCAAAGCUGCUGCAUAUGGGAAAGAAGAGGUGGUCAGACAUUUAGCUCCAAAAAGUUGUACAAAUGGAGAGCUGAAAAAGGUUCACCGCAAUAAAAAAAGGCCUGAGACCUCCAUUCUGCAUGCUGCCAUCCAAGGAGAGAACUUUGAAACGGCUUUAAUGUUACUGAAACUGGAUAAGUCGUUAGGAACAUUAGAGGACGGAGAUGGCAUAACCAGUCUUGAACUGCUCGCUACUAUGCCCUCUGCUUUCAGAAGUGGCUACCGAAUGAGCAUGUGGAAAAGACUCCUCUACUUUUGUCCUCUGAUUGAUGCAAAACGAAGAAUAGGGUUGCCAAUACUGAGAAGAAUCUUGAAAGAUAAGAGAAAGCAUAAUCUUGCUUUUAAACUCACCCUGAAGCUGAUAAAAAAAGAUACUACGUGGGUGCAGAUUGCUCAAAAAAUACUCUUUGGUUUGUUGCCAACACCAGGAAAUAGUGAAGUUUCAAAACUGGCUACUGAAAGAGGAAUACUAGAGAUUGUCAAGGAGAUACUUAAACAAACGCCCCAGUUGGCUGAGUAUAUCGAUGAUAGGAAGCGGAAUAUGUUACAUAUCGCUAUCAUGCACCGUCAAAAGGAAAUCUUCGAUCUUGUGAAAGAGAAGAAUAUACCAAUGAAAAAGUUAGUCCGAGGGAUCGACAUAUGUGGCUGUACCAUUUUACACUAUGCUGGAGACAUGACCAAUGAUAAUGCAGAUAUUGACCGUGGUCCUGCAUACCAUCUACAAGAAGAGUUAAAGUGGUACAAAGUGGAGAAGUUAGUGCCCACCCAUUUUGCCAUGCUCCGUGUGACUCUAAAAGAUGACAAUAAGGAAGAGAAGAAAGAUGAUAAUAAAGACAGUAAGGAAGAGAAGAAAGAUGAUAAUAAAGACAGUAAGGAAGAGAAGAAAAAAGAUAAUAAAGAAAAGAAGAAUAAUUACAAUUGCAAAGAACUGUUCAAGCUGAAGCACGAUGAACUACUCAAAGAAGCACAGGAAUGGGUAAAAGGAACUUCUCAGUCUUGCUCUGCAGUGGCUGUUCUCGUCGCCACCGUGGUGUUUGCAGCUGCCUACACCGUACCUGGAGGUUCCAAUGAGAAGGGUUAUCCAAUUUUCCUUAACAACAAUUUCUUCUUGGUUUUCACAGUCAUGGAUGUUGUUGCUUUAGCCUGCUCCUUGACCUCGGUGGUAAUGUUCUUAUCCGUCCUCACUUCACCUUUUAGUUAUGAAGAAUUCCAUCACAGACUCCCUCGAAAACUGACAAUAGGCUUCUCCUUACUCUUCGUUGCGUUGACUACAACAAUGCUUGCAUUCGCGGCAACAUUAUUGCUCAUUGUUCGUUAUCAAAAACCACAUUGGACCACCACUCUCAUUUAUACUGCUGCAUUUUUUCCGGUGAGCAUAUUUGCACUCACGCAGUUCCCUAUGUACGUUGCAUUUAAGGAUACUUUCCUCAAGCUUUUCAAGUGGAUUAAGAAGGUUCAGAAUAAGAAGGUUCCGAAGUGGAAUAAGAAGGUUAAAAAGUGGAUUUCUAUGGCUGAUUUUCGUAAACGGUUUAAGAAGCUUCCAAAGAAUGAUGAGUUGUCCAAGAAGAUUGAUGAGUUGUCCAAAAAGAUUGAUGAUCAUGGGGCUUGA